AUGUUGCAGAAGCCCAUCCUCAGCUCCAAUCGCGAUGAACCCCAGCGAUACUAUGAUAUAAAAUUCACCACAGGUCUUUUCAAACGACGGCCUUCUUUGAUCAAUCGCCCCAAGAUCCCUCAAGAUCUGGAGAAACAGAUUCGCUGGUCUUCUGUGCUACUCGCGGAGAGUAUUCUCGACCAGGACGAGCAGACGCUACCUGCCAAACAAACAAACACCGCGGCACCUGAAGAACUGAAAACAUCCCAGGCUGCAACUGAGAUUCCGGCUCCGAUUGAACUGGGCGCUGCUCCCACCGCCACCGAUACUGAUGCCAUGUGUGAUUCCGCAGUUGAUCUGCGCACUCGGCGCGCCGCGCGCCAGGCAACGGAAGCUCCAUUGACAUCCCCCUUCCAUGAUCUCAACGAAACUAGCUCCAUUUCUAAUCACGGAUCGUCGAGCGUCAGCUCCCCGGCUACAACAUGUAGCGAUAUGACCUUUGCCACUGGACACUCGAGCAUCGAGCCUUCCAUCAAGAGCCCCGUGCCGAAUGAGCGCCAGGCCCCAUUCGAAGACUUUUCUGGAUGCACCUCAUCCCAGGACAAGGAGGGCCUGACCUUCCUGACGGGUAAAUACCACCAGCCCUUUUCACCAGAAGACAUUGAAGUCUUCCUCAACUCAGACAGCACCCUCGUCCUCGGCCGCAUGCCUAGCCUCUCUCGUCCUCCCACCAGCACCUCCUAUCCAACCCACAAACAGCACCUGGGCCCCAACAUCCAGGCUCCUGCCCAGGACAACACCGUCCUUCCUACUGAAAACAAGAAGGAAGCACCCUCACAGCCCCCAAGCCCCAAAAAGAACUACAGAUCCAAAUUCAUCGAGUUCGGCGCCACUGUCGACAAAGAUGACGACGCAACUCCACCCCCGGCCGUCAUCGUCGACAGCAACGGCGUCCGCCAUGCCAUCACCCACGCCGAAGCCACCCGGCGCAACAUCGACCUCCAGCUGGCUGUCCAGGAGAAGAUGCACACCGGCAUCAUCGCAAGCGCCUCCGUCCCGGCCCUCUCCCCUUCCAAGACAGACAAACGCACACCCGCCGACACCGCCAGAUGCAAGAAGCUGCCUUUCUGGCCGUUCAAGGCCCCUGCCUCAGGCCACUCCCAGCCUGACUGUCAGCCAGCUGGGAAGAACAAAUCCUUCAUAUUCCAGAAAUUGUCCUUCUUCGACUUCACGAAGCGGAAUGUCGGCGCCGCCCGUAGCAAGGAUACGGCGGGGUUCAGCCGGAUGGUCGAAGAUACCUGA